AUGGAAGGCCCCAUUGGAGUAGACACGUCGUCCACGUCGUCGGGCAGAUUUCAAGGACAGUGGUCUUUCAUCAAUCCACCCAGUCAUCAUGGCACCAGGUCUCUACCGCCGUCCUCUGGCUACCUACACAGCGAUCGGAGCAGUAUAUUGCCACAGACUGGGUCUGGCGGUGCCACGCCGUUCUUCCACCUCAACACCUCCGGCUCGAACUUGAGCCGGGUGAACGCUGCGUCGAUUGGGAGUACGAGCUACAGUACUGCUACGGCACCAUCACAGCCGGUGUUGUCGAGGAUACACUCCAAUGUCGCAUCGAAUUUCCUCAAUCCAAUCGCAAGACCUCCCAGGCGAAGAGAAGUGAUGACCAGGGAGGAUAACAAGCUGCCUCCGUUGUCAGCCUACAGUUUCGAGGGGAUACUGGCUGCCAUACAAGAGGACAUCGAGGAAGACCUGAACGGUAUAGCGGACAUAUGGGGUAGGAGUCGUCUCGCGCUCGCAGAUCAGCAUGACGCACACCUGCCGCCUACGGGCGAGAUCAGAGCUGUUCCUCUGCAGUCUGUUGCUGAGGCUAGCUCGAGUACGGAGAGGUUGGCUGAUGAUGUGAUGAUUCUCCACGAGAACGCUAGCCUGGUCGAUGGCAGCCAGAAUGGCUCGCAAGCCUAUGGACUACUCGAGCGGCUGCAGGCUCUGCCACGGACAGGACGCAUGUACAGUGAUGUGAUACUGUCUCCACCACGGCCGGAGCUGCCAACGGCGGAGGAUGUUCGCAACUCGUCCCCUGCUGUCAUGACUGUUCAUGACUCUAUCAUAACGACGGAAGCACUACUACAGACCGAGCCAGCGGCGCACCCGUCACCACUACGAGCGCCUCUCGACCUCCUCCAAUCACGAGGACUACCAACAGCAGCUUCAGCCCCUCGAAACUCGGCUGUCGUUUCCGAAGUCUGGCUGUCCGCCGGCGCAAACGGCAUCGUUGUCUCCGAUCCACCUGUUGUCUCGGAAGCUGGGAAGCAGUACCCGCUGUACAGCUUUGAUGAAAGCCAGCUGUUCGCCGGAAACGAGCAGCUCGAGCGUGUUCCGGAAACCGCUAAAACUCCCGUUGCCACAUUUACUCAGCGUAUGCAGCGACUGCUGUUGCUGAAAGACCUACAGCGGAGUUUAUCAUCGCCGUCCGCUCCAGGCACAGCAGACGCAGGGACGAGUCAGAGGAAGACAAGCGGUGCGGAGAAUCAUCUCAGAGUUAUAUUAGGACGGCAUGAGGCGGGUCCUGCGGGGGGUGCUUCUCGUGCCGCAGAUGCAGCAGGACCAACGGGCGCGAUUGGUAGUCCUGCACAUGCGUGA